GCCCAUUCAAACGGCACACUGACUGGGUUAGUCUUCUACAGAAAGGAAAGAGAGGGGGAAAAAAAAAACAACGACAGCAACGACAACACCACCACCAUCCCAACAAAACGGGGCUUUAGUUUUGGUUUUAUACCUUUUGUUUUGUUUUUUUGCAUCUCACGUGUAUACGCGCUCCUUCCCUCCGGUAACGGUACUUUGUUGGAGACCCAAAUUAUUGUUUAAUGUUAUUGGAAUGAAAGAUGGAAGAAAAUCACGAUGAAGUGGAAGAUGUUGCGGGUGCUUCUAGUGAUUCUUUUAUUGAUGACUCAGAAGAUGAUGGGCCAUCAACAUCUGGACAAGAUGAUGGAUCCUUUAUAGAGGAACCUUUGGGUGAAGAAGAAAUAGAGGAGCUAAUUGCUGAGUUCUUGGAAGUUGAGAGUAAGGCUGCAGAGGCUCAAGAAGCACUUGAAAAGGAAUCUCUUGCUAAAGUGGAGAGUGAAGUUAGAGAGGAGCUGGUGCAUACUCUUCAUGGCGAUGAUUUGGAAACGGCUGUUGCAGAUGAAAUGGCUACUUUUGUGGAAGAGUGGGAGGCUGUGCUUAAUGAGCUUGAAACAGAGAGUUCUCAUUUGUUGGAGCAACUUGACGGAGCUGGUAUUGAGCUACCAAGUCUCUACAAAUACAUGGAAAGUCAGGCUCCUAAUAAUUGUGUUACAGAAGCUUGGAAAAGACGAAUACACUGGGUAGGAUCACAGGCAACUGGUGAUUUUACCGAGUCAAAAGAUGGUGCUGAGGAGUAUUUGCAAAAACACAGACCUGUAAGAAGGCGACAUGGUAAACUAUUGGAGGAGGGGGCUAGUGGAUUUCUGCAAAAGAAACUGGCUAUUAAUGGAAGCACAGAUACUGUAAAAGAGAAUUCUGAGGUUGACUGGUCUUCUCUGAACAAACUGUUUUCUGAAGGAGCAAAUGAGGACUGUGUUUCAUUUGGUAGUAAGUGUUGGUCUUCUGUUUACUUGGCCAGCACACCACAGCAGGCUGCAGAAAUGGGUCUCAAAUUUCCUGGUGUCGACGAGGUGGAGGAGAUUGAUGAUGUUGAUGGAAAUUCUACUGAUCCAUAUGUUGCAGCUGCAGUUGCAAAUGAAAAAGAAUUGGCUCUUUCUGAAGAACAAAAGAAAAAAUACAAGAAGGUCAAAGAAGAAGAUGAUGCAAGUAUUGAUAAGAAGCUUCAAAUUCAUUUGAAAAGGAGGAGAUAUCGAAAGAAAUGCAAACAGGGGGCUGGUCAGAAGGAAGUUUGCUCAGAUGAUUGUGUGAUAGAAAAUGAUAUCCGCAAGUGUCCAUCUCCAGUUGAUUGUCCUGCCUCUGUCUUGAAUAAGAAAAGUUCUGAAGAUGGAGAAAAUAUGCCUAACAAUGAUGUGCCUAAUGGGUUUGAACAUUCUAACAAUGUUGACAUUGGAAGCAUAACGAACAGUAGUUCCUCAAUGCCAUCCGACUCCAUGUCCAAACAUCUGAGUGAGAGUGAGGAGCUAACCCUAGAGAAGAAGAGAAGUCGAACUGUUAUUAUAGAGAGUGAUGACGAAGCUCAGGUGAAGGAUUCAGUCUCUAAAAAGGUUAAAUUAGAGGAUCAAUCUGAUUUGAAGGAAAAUACUGGUGGCUCUGUUGCUGACUCUCUUCCUUCACAGAAUGUGACUGAAAAGUUUCACUGCACUGCUUGUAACAAAAUGGUUAUUGAGGUGCACUCACAUCCACUUCUGAAAGUUAUCAUUUGUGCUGAUUGCAGAGGUGUAAUGGCAGAAAAGAUGCAAAUGAAGGAUGCAGAUUGCUCCGAGUGUUAUUGUGGUUGGUGUGGACAAAGCAUUGACUUAGUGAAUUGUAAAUCAUGUAAAACGUUAUUCUGUAUGGCUUGUAUAAAGAGGAAUAUUGGCAUGGAGUGCUUGACCGAGGUUCAAACUUCUGGCUGGCAUUGUUGUUGCUGUCGCCCAAGUCUCUUGCAAAGAUUGACUUUACAGUUAGAGAAAGCAAUGGGUUUUGGAGGAGUGGUUGUAUCUAGCUCUGAUAGUGAUUCAGACAAUUCAGACACAGACAUAGAUGUUGCUAUCAGCUCUAAGAGGAAGAGGAAAAAGAAAAUACGAAGGAUCCUCGAUGAUGCUGAAUUAGGAGAAGAGACCAAAAGAAAAAUUGCUAUUGAAAAGGAACGUCAGGAACGCUUGAAAUCCUUGCAAGUUCAGUUUUCUACACAAUCUAAUAUGACAAGUUCUACAAGCUAUAAUGGGAAUUUAUCAGAAGAUGCUAGCACUGAGGUGCUUGGUGAUGCAUCAACAGGUUAUAUUGUGAAUGUCGUGAGGGAGAAAGGUGAAGAAGCUAUUAGAAUUCUUCCAAGUAUUUCAGCAAAAUUAAAAGCCCAUCAGGUUGCAGGAAUAAGAUUUAUGUGGGAAAAUAUCAUACAGUCAAUCACAAAGGUGAAGUCUGGGGAUAAAGGUCUUGGUUGCAUUCUAGCUCAUACAAUGGGCCUUGGUAAAACUUUUCAGGUUAUAGCUUUUUUGUACACUGCCAUGAGAAGUGUUGAUUUGGGUUUAAGAACUGCACUUAUUGUCAUGCCUGUGAAUGUACUGCAUAAUUGGCGGCAAGAGUUCAUGAAGUGGAGACCUUCUGAAGUAAAGCCACUGCGUGUUUUCAUGCUAGAAGAUGUCUCAAGGGAGAGAAGAGGAGAAUUGCUUGCAAAGUGGAGAGCUAAGGGCGGUGUCUUCUUGAUUGGCUACAGUGCUUUUCGGAACUUAUCCUUUGGAAAGAAUGUGAAGGAUCGGAACAUAGCGAGGGAAAUUUGCCAUGCCUUGCAGGAUGGACCUGAUUUACUCGUAUGUGAUGAGGCCCAUGUGAUUAAGAAUACUAGAGCUGAUGUAACCCAAGCCUUAAAACAAGUGAGAUGCCAAAGACGGAUAGCAUUAACUGGAUCACCUCUACAGAACAAUCUCAUGGAAUAUUAUUGUAUGGUUGAUUUUGUAAGGGAAGGUUUUCUUGGAAGCAGUCAUGAAUUUAGAAACCGCUUCCAAAAUCCCAUAGAGAACGGUCAACAUACUAACUCAACUCUGGAUGAUGUGAAAAUAAUGAAUCAAAGAUCUCAUAUCCUCUAUGAACAGUUGAAGGGCUUUGUGCAAAGAAUGGACAUGAAUGUGGUGAAGAAGGAUUUACCACCUAAAACUGUCUUUAUAGUAGCUGUAAAGCUUUCUCCCUUGCAGAGGAAAUUAUACAAGAGAUUUCUUGAUGUGCAUGGAUUUACCAAUGACCAGAUCUCUAAUGAGAAGAUGAGGAAGAGAAGUUUUUUUGCUGGGUACCAGGCCUUAGCACAGAUAUGGAAUCAUCCUGGUAUCUUGCAAUUGAGAAGAGACAAGGACUAUGUUCGACGUGAAGAUGUUGUUGAUAAUUUUCUUGUGGAUGACAGCUCUAGUGAUGAAAACAUGGACUAUAAUGUGGUCUUUGGAGAGAAGCAGAAGAAUUCAAAUGAAGUUAUGCAGGGAAAAAUUGCUGAUAGCUUUUUCCAAAAGGAUUGGUGGAAUGAUCUUCUUCAUGAAAAUAAUUAUAGAGAGCUUGAUUACAGUGGGAAAAUGGUUUUGCUGCUGGACAUUCUAGCUAUGUGUUCUGACGUGGGUGAUAAGGUGUUGGUUUUCAGUCAGAGCAUACCAACCCUUGAUUUAAUAGAACUUUAUCUUUCAAGACUACCUCGAAAUGGGAAGAAAGGAAAAUCUUGGAAGAAAGGAAAAGACUGGUAUAGGGUAGAUGGAAGAACAGAGGCCUCAGAAAGGCAAAAGCUGGUUGAGAGCUUUAAUGAUCCCGUAAAUAAGAGAGUGAAAUGCACUCUGAUUUCAACCAGAGCAGGAUCUCUAGGGAUAAAUCUUCAUGCUGCUAACCGUGUAGUCAUAGUUGAUGGUUCUUGGAAUCCAACCUAUGAUCUUCAGGCUAUAUAUCGAGCUUGGAGGUAUGGCCAAAACAAGCCAGUUUUUGCUUAUAGAAUGAUGGCACAUGGAACUAUGGAAGAAAAGAUUUAUAAACGUCAGGUGACGAAGGAGGGGCUUGCUGCAAGGGUGGUGGAUAGACAACAGGUACACAGGACCAUCUCCAAGGAAGAGAUGUUACAUCUCUUUGAGUUUGGUGAUGAUGAGAACCCUGACACUUUGAAUGAUCUGGAUCAAGAAAAUGGGCAUGCCAGUAACCAAACUAAGACUGGAGAAGUUGGGAAUCCAGCCAAGCAAAAAGUGCCUCUUUCUAAUGGAAGUUGCUCUUCUGACAAACUAAUGGAAAGUUUACUUAGCAAGCAUUGUCCAAGGUGGAUUGCUAAUUAUCAUGAACAUGAGACGCUAUUACAAGAGAAUGAAGAAGAAAGGCUCUCAAAGGAGGAACAAGACAUGGCUUGGGAGGUAUACCGGAGAACAUUAGAAUGGGAGGAAGUGCAACGAGUUCCUCUUAACGAGUCUGCAGUUGAGCGAAAGCCAACAACAUCAAAUGUUGCCCCACAUGCAGCAGAAAUAAGCAGCCGUACGAUAUCUAGGGCUAGGGAACGUGUAGUGCUACGGAAAUGCACUAAACUUUCACAUUUGCUGACCCUUAGAAGCCAGGGAACAAAAUCUGGUUGUUCUACUGUGUGUGGGGAGUGUGCCCAGGAGAUAAGGUGGGAAGAUCUACAACGGAAGGCAGAGUAACAAGGUGAAGAAAGUGUAGAAUUUUUACAUGGUUUAUCAGAUGUAAUUGGUUUCAGUUGUAUAUGUUAGCUGCUGUAAGUUCAACGCCCUUUUGAACACGGAAACAUUCAUUUUCCUCGAUUCUUUUUUUGUUUUUCUUUUUGUUGGUUCUGAGGGAAGAUAAAAGAAAUUCUCUUAGUUUAGAAAGAGAAAAAGGGGUUUUGAUUUAGGGGGAAUAGUGGAAAGGUGGAAAAUUGGCUUGUAAUCUACACGGUGGGAGUUACGCCUGCAUGGAUUAUGGAAUUGAUAUUCAAAGUUUUUGCUUCUGCCAUACAGUUCCAUGCAGGAUUUCUCACUAUAUAACUUUGUUUUU